AAAACCCGUCGAGAAACUUGAUACCUUCAAACAGAGUUUAAAAUCAUGUCUUGCACUUGAAAAAAUGUGGAUUCAUUACGUAGCGACGCGCAAUAUUGACGGUAUGUGAAAGAGACAGUCCCAGAUAUGGGGAGUGAGGAAAUACUGUUAACUACAGGUGUUCCAGAUGAAUUCGGGAAAGCUCUUCGAAAUGAAAACGGAUUGUAUAAGGUAAAUAAUUACGAACCGACCAAUAAGAACGCUCCUUACAAAGCGAAGAAAUGCUCCACACCCAAACCUUACAAAGGCCAUACAUACAAGCACACCAUCAUCCACAACCGCCAGUACAAGGAGUAUGAACCACGCACGUACGACCGGGUCUACGUCAUGAGCAAAUUACAUCAUGACAAACCCAAACAGGAGAAGGAGCAGAAACCACCGGAGGAACCAAAGAAAACCAAAACCCCCGAACCGUCGGCUCGGCCAGUGACGCCCUCCCUUCCAUACAGCGCGGUGGGAACCGUCAAAAGGUCUCUCCUACUGACAGAAAAAGUCCGCUCAGCAACACCGGAACAGAGCUACUCCGUCUUCAGCUGAACAAUGAUGACGAUCAUUCCUAACAAAAUGGCGUCAGAGUGAGUGUGAUGUCACGUGUCCACUUCAAAGUGUUGCAAGCGUGCAUAACAUGAGGAAGCACAGUCAUCCCAACAAACUUCAUGCCUUUACUUUAUGAAGGUCAAUCCAGUUUUUAAAAAUAUGUACAAUUUUGUGAUUGCGUUUUGAAAAUAGCCAACUCGUAUUCUAUUUCAUAGACUUACAUCAAUAAUUCUUUAAAAACUGUAUUGCUCUGCUUUUGAGCAGAUAUGUGUGUGUGUAUUGACCCCUAGUCUAAAAUAUUUGCAUUGUAUAAACUUUAUUAAUUUUAAAUAUAUAAUUGGAUUCUACAAUGCCAUAUAAACUAUAAUAUUCGAUCGAAUAAUAAGCUUGGAUAAAUUUCAUAAAUAAGAAAUAUAAAUAAGUAGUUAUUUGGCGGAUGCUUUCAAAAGCUAGUCAAUAAUCAUUAUACUUAUUUCAAUAAAUUAAUGUACCCUGGCAUAAGUUUGGAUUCUUAGUUUUUAGAGCAGGCUGAUGUCCAGCUAUUUUGUAGAUUGUGAUUUCAUUUAUCUAUAAAAUGCAGAUCUUCACAACUUUUGUGAGUUUAAAAGGCUAAAAUUAAGUUGUUAUAUGGCUUAACUAGAAAUUUACAUCAUUGACCAAUGUGUUCUAAAUUUUAUUUUCUGCAUACUUUGUAAAAGAUAUUUUUAAAAAAAAUGUCGUAUUUACAGUAAAAUCAGUAGAGUAUUUCCAUGAUUUUAUUGCUUGGUGUAUCUAGAAAACCUACAUUUCUAGAGUUCAGAAAGGUCACCUAUAUUUAAUUAACUUUUUGUAGUUAUUUGGAAAUUUUUGUCAUCAUUUUAAAGUUUUAAAUAUAUAGGAAUAAGUAUGUAAUUCGUAUCCUGAAUGAUUUAGAUAUAAAAAAGUGGUUUAUUAGUAAAUUGCAAUUUCAGUGCAGGAAGGUCACGCGUUCGUCUUGUUUUCAUCUCAAAGUCACGAUUAAAGUUUGACAUUCUUUAUACAUUGCAUAAUAAAGAACACCGUCAUGUUUUUGAAACAAUAUAUACAAUUUAGCAAUAAAACAAUGGCA